AUGGCAGAGAGGAAACUUCUCCGAAGAGAUAGUGACGAUGAAGGGUCGUUGCUGUCUAGACUGGGGACAAACAGCCCAAAACCCAGAGUGAAAUUCGGUGGGAUGUUCUGCAACGUGGAAGGCGCUUAUGAGAAUAAAACUUUAAAUUUUGAGUCGUACAACAGCAGCCCCCAGUCUGUGAGACGGCAUGUUAAGAUUAAGAACGAGGAGAAAUGCUGGUCGGAUACUUUCAGUGACGCGGGGAGUGUGAGUAACUUCUCGUCCGCCAGUGAGACCAGACCAAGUCGAGACAGAGCAGUGGGGACAGAAACCGGCUCCUCCGGGGGUCAAAUCGUUUACCAGACUGGACCUGGACACAACCGUGAUCACAAUGGAAAACGGGAGGUAAAUGCACGCCUCAUAGAUGUAUUUUCCCCAGUGUAA